AUGAAAACAUUUCCUUGUUGGACGAAUGUUGUUUUAACACCUGACGACGUAGCUAAUGUACUAAGAACUCUUGAUAAUGACAAAGCUCAUGGCCCAGAUGGGAUUCCUGCUCGUUUACUAACAGAAACUGCAUCUCAAAUAGCUGCAUCUCUAUGUCAAUUGUUUAACAAAUCGUUGCGUAUCGGCGUGGUACCAUUUGAUUGGAAACUCGCUAAUGUUGUUCCUGCUCAUAAAAAAGGAGACCAGGAAUUUGUGGAAAAUUAUAGACCUAUAUCUCUGCUCUCUCUGGUUUCGAAAGUUCUAGAACGCUGUGUCUUCAAUACUAUUAAAGAUCAUAUUUUCUGUCGAAUAAAUCCUUGUCAACAUGGUUUCCUUCCCGGGAAAAACUGUGUGACCCAACUUAUCGAAGUUUUUGACAAGAUAGGAAAACAACUAGAUCGUGGCAAACAGAUCGAUGUAAUUUAUUUAGAUAUGUCAAAGGCUGUUGACAAAGUUAGCCAUAAACGUCUUCUUCUUCGUCUCCGUGAAUUUGGUUUUGGAGGCAACAUUCUCAACUGGUUCGGCUCCUACCUACAAGAUCGUCGUCAACAAACAACCAUCCUCGGUGCAACAUCUUUACCUAGUCAAGUAACAUCAGGGGUACCUCAGGGCUCCAUUCUCGGACCGGUGUUUUUGUUAUACGAGAAUGAUCUCCCUUCUUCUGUGAAGAAUUCAUCCAUUGCAACAUACGCUGAUGACACCAAAAUCUUCAAAGAAAUCCAUAAUAUCGGUGAUGCUGCAUUGUUACAGGGGGACCUGAGUAAUUUUGAGUCAAGUUCUUCAGAUAUGGGUCUUCACUUAAACUCUUCCAAAUGUAAAGCUUUGCGGGUCACCAGAAAACAUCGCCAGAUCAAGUAUCCAUACACCUUACAAGGUAGCAUGUUAGAAAACGUUGAAAAUGAGCGUGAUCUCGGCGUAUGGAUAUCAAACAAUUUGAACUGGCGCAAACAAGUAUUGGAACAAUGCUCAAAAGCAAAUAAAAUGUUGGGUUUCAUCAAAAGAUCAACAAGAACAAUCAAGAGCUGUAAAGCCCGUCGGACGCUAUAUAUCACACUUGUUCGAUUGCAAAUGGGAUAUGCUACACAAGUUUGGUCUCCGCAAACCAUCGACCUCAUCGCUCGCUUAGAACAUGUACAAAGACGUGCUUCUAAAUACAUUUUAG